AUGCACGACAGGCAAAUCACCGAGUGUUCUCAAAUCAAGAACCGUUACGUCAACUUUUCUGUCGUACAGAGCAAGAUCUUGCAGAACGAUCAGGAGGUUUUAGACCCUUACAAUGCCACCAAAAUAGCCAAAGAAUGCGGUGUGAUAUGCAACCCGUGCCGCUCCUUCAAGAACCCUGAGAGCUAUGCCUUUUAUACUAUGGUGAGAUAA